AUGUUCUUCGAUGAGAUUGCAAAAAGAGAAAGCUGUGGCUUAAUUAGCAGCAAUGGGGAGCAUGCCGAACUGAUGGGUCUCCGAAUUUCUUCUGUUUUCGUGGUUCUUGUAGGUUCGGGAUUUGGGGUAUUUUUCCCGAUCUUGGCCUCUCGCUACUCCUUUGUGAGGAUGCCCAGCUGGGUGUUUUUCUUCUGCAAAUACUUCGGGUCUGGUGUUAUCAUAUCAACGGCGUUCAUCCACUUGUUGUUCGAAGCAAACGAGAAUCUCACGAGCGAAUGUCUCAGUAAUGCGUGGCAGAACUAUCCCUACGCAUUUGGUAUAAUGCUUGGGACUUUGUUUGCGCUAUUCCUCGCGGAAAUUAUGUCAUUCCGGUUUGUAGAAAGCAAACUUGCGGGGCUCGACAAUCACGGUCACUCACACUUCGGCGACGAGUCAGUGUAUGUGGAGAGACCUGGGGAGUUUGACGACGAAAUUUCUCUGGUUACACUGGAGAGUGCCGAUCCGGGCUUGCUUGCUGAAAAGUAUCCACCUCGCAUAAUAGACGUUCCAGACCUGGAUGAGAAGGGGACAUUGGACACACCGAAUGAUAACCAAGAUAAAGAACAAUACUUUGGCCAAUUGGUGUCAAUUUUUGUGCUUGAGUUUGGCGUGCUUUUCCACUCGGUCUUUGUUGGACUCACCUUGGGUAUUACUUCGACUCAGUUCACCACGCUCUACAUUGUUAUAAUCUUCCACCAGCUUUUCGAGGGCUUGGGAUUGGGGUCUCGAAUCGCAGCCACCAUUUGGCCCAAGGGGAAGCAUUGGAUUCCUUGGGUUUUUGCCGCUGGCUUCACAUUGGUCACGCCCAUUGGCAUUGCUAUAGGCUUGGGCGUAAGUGGAACUUACCCAUCAGAUUCUCCCCGGGCAUUGAUCACCAAUGGGGUGUUUGACUCGAUCUCAGCGGGUAUUUUGAUCUACAGUGGGCUAGUCGAAUUGAUGGCACAUGAGUUUUUGUUUUCCACGGAGUUUAAAGGUGCCGGUGGCACCAAACGUAUGCUCUGGGCAUAUGGGUGCAUGUGCCUUGGCUGUGGCUUGAUGUCAUUGUUGGGAAGAUGGGCAUAA